AUGGUGAAUGCCAAGGUGUGGGUUCUGAAGAAGCAUUUUGAGGGUUUCCCCAAAACCAGCGACUUUGACUUGGAAAAGAUAGAGCUGUCAAACCUAAAGGAUGGAGAGUUGCUGCUUAAAUAGGUGUUUCUCAGUGUUGAUACUUACAUGAGGUGUUACAGUCAAAGAGACAUGAAGGAAGGGGGCAUAAUGAUAGGCACACAGCUUGCCAGGAUUGUAAAGAGCAAGAAUCCUGCUUUCACCGUGGGGGCCUUUGGUGGCUGGAGGACUCAUUUCAUCUCUGAUGGGAAAGACCUACAACUCCUUCCUUCCAGUUGGCUGGAAUCACUCCCCAAAUCUCUGACCGUUGGGGUGGUUGGCAUGCCAGGCUGAAGUGCAUGUUUUGGUCUGCUGGAGGUCUGCAAGAUGAAGCCAGGAGAGACGGUGCUGGUUAAUGCUGCAGCUGGCGCUGUGGGCCCUGUGGUGGGGCAGAUUGCUAAAACUGGGGGUUGCAAAGUGGUUGGCUGUGCUAGCUCAGAUGACAAGGUUGCUUAUCUGAAAAGAAUAGCCUUUAAUUACAAGACUGUUACAUCUCUGGAUGAAGCACUGCAUAAAGAUUCUGAUGGCUCUGACUGUUCCCUUGACAAUGUGGGUGGAGAAUUUGCCAGUACUGCUAUCAACCAGAGGAAGAAUGGAAGGAUUGCAGUCUGUGGAGCCAUCUCUCAGUACUAUGACGCUGUGCCUGCUUCAGGGCCUUCCAUGCAGGUUCCAGUGAUCUUCAAAGACCUUUGAAUGGAACGGUUUAUUGUGACCCACUGGAAUAACUGCUGGGAGGAAAGUCUGAAAGCGCUGCUAAAAUGGGUUGUGGAGAUAAGGGAGGAAGGGGUAUGAAAGUGCCAUGAACAAGUUACUGAAGGAUCUGAGAAUGUGCCAAUGGCUUUCAUUGGAAUGUUAAAGGGAGAAAGUCUUGGAAAAGCCAUUGUAAAUGUCUGAAGAUUACAUGUUCCUGGGAGACUGGCGGAGAAUACGAU